AAAGAAGACCUCACCCUCUCUAACCUGAAACACCUUUCAAAAAAGUGUCAUAACCAUACAUUCCCACCUAAUUAACAAUGUAUAGAAAUUUCACUAAUAACAUAAGAAAAUGUGUAAAUCUGCUAUAUGCAACGAAACAUAUACAUUCACAGGCCGGCAAAGAAAGACUCAAAUUGGAGGCAUUUAAACAUGGCAAAGCCCGGCAAUACUCCGAGCAGCUGCCGAAAAGACGCAAUGAAUCGAAGAUGGGCAAAGGUGUGGGGCCAAUAACUUGGAAAAACCUUGCAAUUACGUCUUCGCUGGGGGGUAUUCUUCUGGUGUUUAUGUGGUACCUCAAAAAGGAGAAAGAGACCGCGCAAGAGAAAGAACGCGCUCGAAUGCUGGGCAAAGCAGCAAUAGGAGGAGCUUUUGAGCUGGUGGACAGUACGGGGAAAUUGCGAAAUAGUCAGGACUUUAUCGGUCAAUGGGUUUUACUGUAUUUUGGAUUCACUCACUGUCCGGACAUUUGUCCUGAUGAAUUAGAAAAAAUGGCAGAAGCAGUUGACUUAUUAGAAAACGACAAAGAGAGACCCAUUAAAAUUCAGCCGAUCUUUAUAUCGGUUGAUCCAAACCGAGAUACUCCCGAACUAGUUGGUAAAUACUGUAAAGAGUUCAGUCCGCGACUGUUGGGCUUGACUGGCAAUGAGGAACAAGUGAGCAAAGCAUGUAAAGCCUACCGAGUGUACUUCAGUGCUGGACCAAAGGACAAAGACAAGGACUAUAUUGUGGAUCACACAAUAAUUAUGUACUUGGUGAAUCCGGAUGGCGAUUUCGUGGAUUACUAUGGUCAAACCCGGACAUCCUCCGACAUAGCCACCUCAAUUAAAGUGCAUAUAUCGAAGUACGACCACAACAAAAAGAGCUUUUUCUCCUAAAAAAAAUCCCGAAAAUUACCAUUCAUUUGUUACAUCCUCCACGUUUGAUUAGCGUUUAAUUUAAUAAUAAUGCUGGAGCAUUUACUGCUGUUCAUGAAUAAAAACCUUAACUAAU